CACAAGUUUGGCUGCAGAUUAUAAAACUUUAUUUGUCUAGAGUUAUCAAGAAAAGGACCAGCAAAAUUGGACUCUGGCUAGGUUAACAACCCUCUAAGUUCCCACAUACCCCAUCUCAUCAUGAACGUGUUUCAGGGCAUUGGUGCUGUACUUUUCAGUCAGAAGAUCAGGUGGACACAGAGUCUUCUGCCAUGGCCACCGCAGACGAGCUGCUGGACCAGAUUUGGUCCUGGAUCAAGAAGAGGGAGGACUGUGCAGACCAGCUGAAGAAACUGGCCAGGGAGCUGGAGUCUCUCAGUGAGAAAUGCACUGCAGGCAAAUGUGUUGGAAACACAGUGGCGGUGGUUGGUGCUGCAUGCCUGAUUGGAGCUGGUGUGGCCACUUUGUUCACUGGUGGGGCAGCUGCUCCACUAUUAGGUUUUGCUGGAUCUCUAUACUCAGGGGUAGGAGCCACCAUCUCUUUGUCAACUGCAGCCAUUGAAUAUUUCUUAUCCAGUGACACCAUGAAAGAGAAGGAAAAAAUUGACAAGAAGAGCAAGCAAAUUGCAGAAAAAAUCCAGCAACUGUUCAAGAAACUGAAGGAUGAGAUUAAAAAGAAGAAUCCAGACCUUGAAGAAGUGGAUCAACACAUAGUGACAGAAAUUUUGAAAGCCAUGGCGAGAAGAUCUGGUCUAACGAUCAACUUCAACUACUGCAAUGAUAAGCUGCAAUUUUUCCACAACGGACAGAUAACCAAACCUUUGGACAAGUUCGUCCAUUGCAUGAUGGCUAAAGGAUUUAACAUGAUGUCUGGUAUGUCACUGAUUUUUGCAAUGGACUUCUGUGGAAAUGGAGGUAAACUUUAUUUUGACGAAGGAGUUAAACAGUUCAUCAAAGUAAUACCUAAAGAAAUACUCCUUAAAGGAUGUGCCCAGGUCGCAGGAGGUGCUGUUGGAAUGAUGUUUGCUCUACCUGACGCAGUUGACAACUGGAAAAAAAUGAUUGAGAAGAACCAUGUGACUGAAGCCAGUCAAUCAAUGAGAGAUGAAGCCGACAAAAUCCUAAAGAUGACCCAGGUGUUGAGGGAACAGCUCAACAACGCAGAGAAGGCAUUACAAGAUAUGGCUGUAAGACAACGGGAAUACGAGGAAGAGCUCUCCAGAAAGAGUCACACUCAACACAAUCAUACAAACCACAAUAUGAGUACAAACCUAACUCAGAGGGAGAUUAGGGUGAUUAGCAAAUGCCUUCGUUUGAUGGUGAGAUCUCACCAGUCGGCUAACAGACCUUCUAAGAAGAAGGUGGCCGUUGAUUCUCAAGAAUGUCAAAAACGUGUACAUAGACAAACAGGCCAUCACACAGAAAAGAGCAACAGUAAUAGAAACAGACAUCGUAGUGCACAGUCUGGAGGUGGAGAUGGAGGUGAUCAAAAUGGAGGAGGUGAUCGGGGAGAUAAGGAGUACGGGCGUUCAGAUGAAGAGAGUGACGAUGAUACUGAUAGUGAUAGUGAGGAAGAAUCAGAGUACGAUGAAAGCUCUGAUGAGGCCACAACAGUGGAAAUAGCUUUGCUCAAUGUUCGGUCACUCAACAACAAAAGACAGCGUAUAUGUAAUCUCAUAAGAGAAAACAACCUGGACAUCUUUCUCCCAACAGAGACAUGGUUGACAAGGGACAACGCAAAUGAAAUACUCUCUGAAAUCUCACCAUCAAACUUUGAUUCUCACUAUCAGGUUAGGGGCAGUAGAGGGGGAGGGGUUGCCAUCCUGUACUCACACGAGUUCCAGGGUGUUCAGAUCUAUUUUGACUUCAUAACAACAUUUGAAUAUGUGGCUGCAGUUGUACAACACAGUGAGUGGGACCAACCUGUCCUGUUCAUCAAUGUGUAUUAUCCAACGAGAAACAGACAUUUCAAAACCUUCCUUAAGGAGUUUCAAAGACUCAUGAAUGAAACUCAGUGGUACAGCAGCAUUAUUGUGACUGGGGAUUUCAAUAUCUGGGUUGAUGAUGAAAACCAGAGGUCCACCCAGAAGUUUAAAGCUGUGUUGUGGGAUGCUGGCCUCCAUCAGCAUGUAUCUUGCCCAACGCACCGGCGUGGUCACACUCUGGAUCUGAUCAUCACCAGAAAUAUGGAAGUCUCUAACUUCAUCAUCCGCAACGAUGAAAUAUCAGAUCAUUACACUCUAUAUUUCACUGGAAGGCCGGCGUUAAAACGUAUGAAAAGGAAAACUAAAGCAAAGAAGUAUCGAGAUGAGCAAGAUAAACAACUCAGAAAGAAGGAAGAAUAGAAAACGAUUCAGGCCCAAAAACAUAUUCAGAAAAACAUGUUUGGAAAAAGUCAGUCUACGCAGGUACCAGUAAGUUCACUGAUCUAACUGUGGGAGAUUUUACUCAAGCUUAAUGAAAGCUAGGUGAUGACAAUGUGAAACAAGUAAAUCUACUAUAGAAUGAUGUAAAUCAUAGGAGAUCCUCCUUAGAGCAACUUUCCAAUGAGUAGACUGCCUUCUGCUUCCUGGACAGAAGAUCUCAGUCAUAAACAAAUACUGCAUUCACAUCACAAAAAUCUGCUUUUACAUUGUACUUGUACAUGAUACACAAACUCUUGUAUGUAAAAACAUAUGUGGAAAUAGAUCUGAGUGUGCUUCAGAAAGUUUGAUCAUGCACGUAAUAAUGAAACAUAUGGAUAGUAGUGUGAUUUAUUGUUUUUAACUUAUGAUACAAAUGACUUCUGUGUUGUUAAUUAGAUCCUGAGUUUAUUAUUAUGUUAACAUCUUCUUGUCUUCUUGGUAACAUGGUGUUAUGGAUGUGUGUAAUGUCAAGUACCAGCUAAUGGCCCAGGAGGGUUAUUAAUCCUAAUCUGCUUUAAUAUUGUACUAUAUAUACCUUCUGCCAACACAAACUCUUACAUGUAAAAUUACAUGUGGAAAUAGAUGUGAGUCUGCUUCAGAAAGUUUGAUAAACUGUACACAAUGACAUAUGUAUAAUUGUGCAAAAAUGCAUGUGUGAGACUAUUAAAUGUAUACAGAUGUUGCCUUUUAAUUCAAGUUUAUGGACACAGCAUUUUGGAGUGUUCUCUCUAGAUGUCUGCGUAAUCAAGUGAAAUAUGUACUGUUUCAUUUUAAAUGGUAAUAAAUAGUAAUAAACAGUAAGGAUUACACAA